CUUCCUGUGCUCGUGUUCUGCGGUGCGUCCGUGUCACUGAGCUCCUCUCUGGGGGAGUUUUUGUCUUUAACGGGGCCUCCGGCCGCAGCUGCAGCUCCCGGAGAUCCGCUGAUGCUCCGCGGGGCAGCGGGAGCUUUAGCCGGUUACCGACAGCCGGGAGUCCGGAGGCCGCUCUGCCCGAAGGAUGAGUUCCUCCGCGGCUCUGCACACGCAGCUGGCCGCGGUCAUGGAGUCUCUGGUCCACGCUGCGGUGGCGGAGCUGCAGAAGCUGGUGGAGGACAGCUGGGCCUUCAGGACCGGAGACUCCGGAAAUCAGACGCCUCAACCGGCCACGAGGCAGGCGGAGAGCCGGAAGAAGAUGGUGCAGUUUGCUGUCGUCAUGGAGACACUGGGGAACGAGGCUCUGGGGAAGAUCCUGAACAUUGUGGAUGAGACCCGGCUGCAGGUGGAGAGGAGCAGCAGGAAGUCACAGACCAGAGUCCUGAACAUCCUCAACAACAGGCAUGUAGAGCUGGAACAUUCCUACGGAGUCCCACAUCAGAGCUCCCACCCGGACCAAGCGUGUCAGACCAAAGCGGAGGCGGAGGAGACGGCGGAGGUCCCGUUUGUCCAGGCAGUCACCAUUAAAGAUGAAUAUGGAAACGUGGACCUGGGCGCCAUCGCGGAGCGAGCUCGUGUUGAAGCCGCUCCGCCGCCAUCGGACCUGCAGCAGAUCCCGUCUGGAGCAUCUGGACCACCUGGUUCCGACCUGCAGAACGCCUCCUGGAAGUUCUUCUCCUGCUCGGUCUGCGGGAAGUUUUUCUCGUCUCAGAGCAACCUGAACUCCCACCACCUCGUCCACACCGGCGAGAAGCCGUUCUCCUGCAGCGUGUGCGGCCGAGCCUUCCGCCAGCGGCAGAGCGUGCACAGCCACAUGCGCACACACACCGGCGAGCGUCCGUUUGAGUGUGCGCAGUGUGGGAAGCGCUUCUCCACGCAGGCGCAGCUGAAGACGCACUCGGUGGUCCACACCGGGGAGAAGCCGUUCGGCUGCGACGUGUGCGGCCGCCGCUUCAACCUGCUGCAGAACCUGCACCGCCACGCCGUCACGCACACCGGCGACAAGAUGUUCGUCUGCUCUGUCUGCGGGAAGGGCUUCACCCGGGCUGUCACGCUCCGGACACACCAGCUCAUCCACACCGGACAGAAGCCCUUCAAGUGUACGGAGUGCCCCAAAACCUUCCGCCAGGCGGUGAACCUGAAGAUCCACCGCCGCAUCCACACCGGUGAGCGGCCCUUCAGCUGCGGCGAGUGCGGGAAGACGUUCAGCCAGCAGAGCAGCCUGAUCUCGCACGGCCGCACGCACUCCGCCGACAAGCCAUUCCAAUGCGCCUCCUGCGACAAGAAGUUCAACAACGCCAACAGCCUCAAGCUGCACAUGCGUGUGCACACGGGGGAGAAGCCGUACGCCUGCGACGUCUGCGGGAAGACCUUCAGCCAGGGCAGCCAGCUGAGGACGCACAAGCGGCAUGUGCACGCGGGCGGGAAGCAGUUCAUCUGCGACCGGUGCGGGAAGCGCUACGCCGACCAGCGCAACCUCAAGCUGCACAAGUGUGGCUACGCGUGACAGUAGGAAGCCCCUCCCACCUAAUGAUGGAGGAGAGACAGGAAGUGCAUCUGCUGACUAAUCAGAGCUCAUAUCCAGGAAGGGCGGGGCCUCUGCUUCAGGUGUUUAAUCUUUGACUCUGUUUACACACUACAGUUCUUCUGAGUCCAGCGUCCAUUGCCAUGGAGACGGCUCCAGUGACAGUUGUGACAUCAGACUUUCUGAUUGGUUGAAGCCACAAAUUUAAGUUAUUAAGAAGCUUCCUGUAAAUGUUUCUAAUUUUCUACAUGAUGAUAAUUUUCAUGUUUGGGAAUAAAAUGUCUC